AUGCAAGUAGAGAGCGAAGCCCAAAAGGACGAUGAAGCUGGCAUCAAGCCACAAGAAGGCAAGAAAAUUGAAACCAAAUUGAUACGAGAAGACGACAAAAUUACACCACCCCAGGAAGCCGCAACAACACCUCAGCAAGUGGAGAGCGAAGCCCAGAAAGACGACGAAUUCGAACAGAUAGAUCUAGUCGCCGACGAAUUCAUCGAUGAACUCGAAAGACUUUGGCCGUAUCUGUUGAAAAAUUUUGAGGGGCAACCGAAAAUCUCCAUCAACAAGCUUCAAGAGCUGGGCCUCAAAUUUCAGUUCUUUGACCUGAAUGAGAAGAUCUCUUCUGAAGAGGAUGGUUACUCUCAAUUCUUCUUCCCAUUGGAUUGUGAGACACUCAAUGCUUGUGAACCGGAUCUAAGCGAGUACUCAACGAAAAAGGCGAUAGAAUUUUGGUAUAAUCCUCGUGAGAAAUCCUCCUGGCUUUGGCCAUUCCCACGAUCUGCUCACAGUAUUGCCAUGAAUCUGGCUUCCUUGUUUGAUGUUGGCCUUCGAACUCUACAUUGGAAGAAUGAAACAGAAACAAAAAGCAUUCAACUAAUGGACAUGUCAACUUGGUACCCUAUAAUAUUCAGUAGCGCGGGAUUUGAUGCUCAAGGACCUGGAGGCUGGGAGCCAUCAUGUGCCAUUAGUAAACUGGACGAUUGGUCACAAACUGAUCAAAUUUGGCUUGCCAGAAAUAAACCGCAUAUCAUGAUCAACCUCUCACAUGCGUUUGAUAGCGAUGACGAUAGUAUCUUCGUUGUCGAACUUCUAGUAAUUGUGGCUCUCAUAAUUACCCGACUGCACAAAGCCACGUUUCCGAAUGAGAACGUCGUUCCCGUGAUGGUAUUUUCUUUUACGCCUGACAAUUGCUGCAGAAUCUUGCAAGCUCAUAUGGACUGCGCACAAGGCUUAGUGAUUCGGAAGACUAAGUUUUAUGAACUUGAUCUUGUCAAUGAUCCAUACAUGAAGGCCUUCCUUCGCUACGGAGCUUGUGAUCCUAGGGGGUCAACCAAAGAUUUACGGACUCCGGAAAAGUGGCUUAACCUUCCUGAGUGA